AUGCCUCUACCGUCUGGCGAAAAGAAGUUGAACGACUUACCAGCGAAUUUCUGCUUCACCACCGAUGACCCAUUCUAUUCUGGUCCGGCCACAUGCAAUCUAUUGCAUUACACACCAGCUGCUUACAUGGCUGGCAUCGUAGAGAUGGCAAUGCUAGCGAGUGGAUCGCUUUGGUUUUGGCACUGUUUUAACAACAAAAUCUGUUAUACACGGCGAACUUGUCGUCCGGCAUCUGGCUGCAUACCGACUUUCAAACGAGGAAAUGUUCCACGAAAUGAGACGGAGGCCGGUGAAAAAUACAUCUUUUACGGACUGAAGACUGAGCAGGCGAAGUUGCUCUCUCCAAAAUUGGCAUUCAUCCAGCUCGAGAUCACCAUUCUGAUGAUGCUUGCAGCCGUCGCGAUAGUGGCAAUGUCCUUCGGUAUUUCACUCACUCACCAGUUGUUCAGCGUUUUCGUG